AUGAAUACGUUUCCUAACGCCGAGAAAUCGACCAAAACUUCGACAACAACAACAACUAUAACGAAAAGAGCACCUUUGACUAAAGCAUUCAUUACUCCGAAGGAAUUUGUCGACUUAGUUUCGGAGAAAUCGAAUAACCAAGACGUUCCCAUACUUGAUUGUCGUUCGCAAAUGGACUUCGGUUGUGAACGAAUACGUUCGUCACACAAUAUUAACUGUCGAACGAAAAUCAUGGCGAGAAAAUUAACUUCCAAACGUUUAGAAGAUGUAGAACCGAACUUAUCCUCCUCUUUACAUAACUCUGACAUCGUUAUUCUCUAUGAUCAAUCAACAGAUGUACCGGAAGAAGAUAAAAUUCGUUCUCUACCGAUUAAUCUUGUUGUUCAAGCUGCACAGAAAUCAAAUAAAAUAGUUCAAAUAAUUCAAGAUGCAGUUAAAACUGAAUUUCCACAUUUGAUUGAAUGCGCACCGGAAGCACCGAAAUGUAAAACUGAUGAUGAUCUACCUCCUUUACCGGCAAGUCCCGAUACAAUCGAUAAGGAAAAUAUUAUUAUGUCAGAAAUUGUUCCACACAUAUAUGUUGGAAAUAUAUGUGACGCACAAAAUCUCGAUCGAUUGACUGAGCAUGGAAUAACACAUAUUAUAAAUUGCACACCUGAUUUGCCUUUCUAUUGGGAAAAGAAACAUGAAUAUUUGCGAUUAGAUGUGCUCGAUUUACCAUCACAAAACAUUCGUAAACAUUUCGAAACUGCCAUAGAUUUUAUCGACAAAGCAUUGCAAUCGAAUGGUAAAGUUCUUGUUCAUUGUUCAGCAGGGAUCAGUCGGAGUCCGACAUUAGUACUUGCUUACCUGAUGAAGAAGAAACGCUGGACGUUAGACGAAGCUUUUGAAAAAAUGAGAAAAUUACGUCGAAUAGUUGACCCGAAUGUAAGUUUUAUCAUUCAGUUACGUGAAUGGGAAAAAACUCUCAUGGCAAACGCGGUAACUGAACCGAAUGAAGACAACUUAGGAGCGACGAGUCGAUCAACAUCGUCAGGCACAUAUUGCGGGUCAACAUCGAAAACGAAAAGCGAAAGCAAAGCAUGUGCAACAACUUCAGAUGCGGCGAUAACUGUCAAUUGA